CUACUCUGAUAUCGUAUGGGUAUUGGGGUGUCUUCCUUUGUGCUGCCUGAGAGCAAGGAUCCUGCCAGUGAAUGUACUACCCACUGUCCCAUAGAAGUAGUCUGCGAGCGCUGCAGCCUCCUGCUCCACCGCAAUUCUCUGUAUUCUGUUCCCGCAUACAUUCAAUACAUCCCUCGUGCAGCCGUACAUAGCGUGAGGAAACGCUCUUUGCAUCAUCGACAAAUCCUUGCGCUCAGCGUCGGUGAGGAUGAGAAGUCUGCUGAUGUUCCGCCUUGACACUAUCGUCCUGAUCUGAUCGACAAAUCCGCCAAUGGUCCGGCCGCCGAACUUUUGCCGAAAAUCAUCAUCCCCGUAGCGAAUGUGGCAGGCAAGAAUAUCCCCGUCCGCCCCCCAUGAGGGCACGAGCUUCAGCAGUUCAAUUGCCGCACCCGUCACCCAGCUUCGAAAGGGCAACGCGAGCUCGGUUGGAUAAUAGACAUCGAGCUUGCCUCUGAAGCUGAACUUGGCAGACACUCCCAAGACAUCGUCGUCUCGUGUCCACAGCUCUCGAAGCUGCUUGUCGGAGCUGACGAUGGUGGCUUUUGGGAUGUAGUGCCACAGAGGCUGCUCGUCGGGCUCUGUUGUCAUGGGAACACCGAUCACAUCUCGUGUCUCCAGCCGUUUGUACACAGCCUUGCAGUCUCUGCAGAACAAACGAGCAUGGAACCUGAGAAAUAAAGCAAAGUCAAUCCAAAAAAAGUGAGAAGCUAGGUUGCUAAGAUUGUUACCAGGGACGGACUGUGCAAUCCGUCCAGAAUCGCUCAUGUCCGUACUUCAU